AUGGCCACCACCGGCUUGAGCCAUGGCAGUGGCAGUUUGUCCAACUAUCACUCCUACCGUCUCUGGGUGCAUGACACGGAUGGCAACGAGCACGCGCCUGAUGUCAUGUGCACCUUUCAGCCCUCCACGAUUUACAUCCUGUUCGUUCCAUGCCCCCACGCAAAGCUGCCAGCGAUUCCCACGCAAAAGGAGCAGCUCAGCCUGGCAUCGGGGGGACAGAUCAGUCUGCAUGGCAGCAUCGCUUCUCUCUUCAAGCUGGACAAUUUGCGUGAGGUUCAUGUUGUUAAGGUCGCGCCCGAAGCCGUGGCUCUUGACGUCGUCGAAAUUACCUUUCGGGGCCAAUACAUCGGGCGAAACGACAUGUUUCGUCUCACCUCCAGCCUCAAACAACAGUGCCUCUACGUUGGGCGAUCUGUGCAAGUGGGCGGCAUUCGUUGCCAGAUCAGCCAGCUGUGGCUCAAGAGCAACGGCAAGGAGGUCGCGAGCGGCUACGCCACGGCCAGCACCAAAGUGGUGUAUCGAUCCAGUGCAUGCCAAAUUCACAUGCUCAUUCAAAUGUCAGCCGUGACCCUCUUUGCGCGCAUUCUCUACGACGAAACGGAUGUGGAUGCCUUCCCGCCGCACAUCCAACACUUAUACCAGGUGAUUCUGCAGAACGAAGUCGGCGUCGAUCUUCUUCUGCAACUCACGACCAUUCGAGGUUACCUCAACAAUUUUCUUGACAAGAUCGAACUACUCGAAACUUCAAUGCCACGCGGCCACUUGAGCCGCGCCUUGCAUGGUAACGUGCUUGAGGCUGUCAAUCUCUCUCUCAACGUGUUUGAUCGACAUCACCUGGAUCGCGUCUUUCAACGCACUGGACUCGGCGUUCUCAUCAUCUCCCCAGGCGGCGGGCUGUUCGAGUCGUCACCCGAGCUGCUCAAGCUAUCCCAGCAGCGUAUUUGCGACAACGGCAUUGGUUGUGACCUCGUGUGCCUGGCUGAGCGACGCGCCCACGAUGCUGUCAUCUUCCGCUGGCAAGCCCGGGACGAUACCGCAGAGCAUCGGUCACCCCACGCCUCCACCCGCCUGACCCCCAUGGUCAGCAGUAGCAGCUUACCCGGCUGGACUGGCAGUGAUACGGGCGAGAGCGUCUUUUCACCCCUUGUCGAUCGUCGACGCCACGGAGGUGACCACCCUUACUUUUAUGCGCGCCCAACCUGGAUCCACACCUUCUUGUACGACCAAGACUUUAUUCUUCGUGAGGCCCUCACUCCACAAUGGCAAGAGGAACCACAUGUGCCGGCGCGCUUCAUGGAGACGUCGGCCGUCUUCAGCGCCGAAGAAGGUCAACGCUGGCGUAUUGCGCCCGCACCGCGCCAUGAAACCACUCCAGAAACUCUUGCAGAAAUGGAAGAGCACGAUCGCCUCAUCUGGCUCACUGCCGAGGAUGCCAUGUCGUCAACCCGUGAGAACCAAGUCAACGAUGGGACUCAAGCCUUACGUGCACUGAACGACGGGCGUAGUGUGAGCAUUGGUCGGGACAACAGUCUUGUGCGGGAAAUGGCACAGCGCGCUUCUCGCCAUGCAAGCAAAGGAUCCUUUGUUCCUUCUCAGGCAACCCUUCAAGCUGCCAAUUCCCCACUAGUCCGUGACGCACCUACCACGGCAUUGGGUGCUGCCACUGCGGACAAACUCGCUUCCACAUCGAUUCCACCCUCGUACACAGUAGGGGCAUCGCUGAGUGAAUCGCCCAUUGACCCAAGCUUGCUUCACAACGCCGGCGUGCGUCGCAUGGCACGCGCAUGGCGCCGCUAUGCCGUCAAGGACAACUUGUUGUUGUCGGAACAGGAGCGCCGGGCCUGCGAUCGGUUGAGUGGACACCCCUUGGUCAAUCCAUACCUUUUGCGUGAUGCAUACAACGAGUUUGUGGGUGGCAAUCACAACUGGAAACACGUGUUUCCCCCCGCCUACUUGAACUCGAGCACGCCUUUUGGCCCACCAUGGAAGAGCAUUUGCCGACCAGCCUGCCUGCCGCUCACCACGGACCAACUGCCAAGUGAAGUCGAGCUGACGGAAACGCAUCGCGUUGUGAGCCACUACAAACUCAACGCUGUCAGUCAUUGGGAUGGCCGGCCAGGACCAGCCGGCAAUGCCACCAUGAUGCGGCAGCUGUUUGUGCUCCUCCAAGCGCAGCGUAUGGCACAAGGAUUUCAGCUUUGUGUGUCGCGGAGCCGACGAGGUGGACGAGGGGGUGUGUUGGAGGAAUCAUCUGAUCGAUCGCAAACCGAUUCGCGGUCUGCAGCCAUGGCUCGCGCGUCUGCGCCGACGAACAAUCGUGUCAAGUCAAGCAACUCCAACGUUCUACCCGAUGUCUUGUACAUGCCCCUGAAUGCCGUGGCCAGCGUCGACAGCCCUGAGUCCGACUUGGACGUUGCUCAUUGGAUGUCUUUUGGGAGCCACUUUCACAAGCUCGAAUACAAGCAACACGAGAAUGCCGUGUUUGUGGACAUUUAUCGUCCCUUGGAUCACUUACACCCACGGCCGUUGUCCUAUUCCUACGGUCUCAUCCCGUAUCGACGCUCCGACGCCAUUGCUAUGGAAACCAAGUUUAGCCCCUCGGCAUUGGAUGGGUACAACUGGAAUGCCGCGGAUAAUCUCGUGUCGAAUCGUGAGGUGGCGACGGAGCCAUUGUCUUCCAAUGAAAUUGACUCGCUUCGCUUUUGGCGCGUGCGCUUUGGCGUUGUGCCAGCCCAUCGUUUCAUGACAGUGGCCGAGGCCGUGAGCAACUUUGGCCGUUUUCUUGAGGAUGUGCAUCGCGUUCUCAAGCCCUAUCGGGUCGGUCUCUACCUCUGCUUUGUCGUUGCCCUCUGUGUGUAUGUGUGUGUGUGUGUGUGUGUGUGUCCAGGCAAAUCCGGUAGCUUGGAGGCGGUGCCGCUGCAAUUUGGGCCCCUAACGUCGGACAGUUCGGCUGAGCCCGUGCAAGUAGGGGCUUUUGCAGUAACAUCCAUGGUGGAGCCCACAGACGAGCGCUGCCUGAGCGACCUGCAGCCAAGCCAAGUUGCUGCUGCCUCUGAUAAACAUGUUCUCGCACAAGUAACUUGGCUCAACGUGGAUCCCAAGGGCAUCAGCGGUCGUGAUGAAUGGGCUGGUCUUUACGCGGAUACGCAACGUGUUGUGCUCGAAGCCCUGGAGGAUGCCUUUGACCUGAUCCUGGAUGUGCGACAUGACGAGGUGCAACUGGCGGAGCUGGACGUGGGGCCGCGUCAGCGACCUGCGGUCUUGGCACGCCAAUAUUUGCACCGCUUCAACGACGGCCAAGCUGCGCAUCACGGGACGCCACGCAGCGGCCUGGCAUGCCUGGGCCGAGCAUCUUGCAACCAUCAGCUCGGAAGUGCCAGUCAUCGCGCGCUUAGUGCAGCUCUCCCGGUGCCUUGUACCACCAAGGACUACACGUGCCCAUUUCUGAGAAGCGUCGGGUGCAAGCGGCCCAUGAAGCGGUCUGCCGACUACUGCAAGACUCUUCUUGAUUGGACAUUCACGCAUUGUGUGCACGAAAAGACUUUGAAAGCUUUGUGUCAGUGUCGUGACGACCCAGAAACCCAAAUGAGCAAAUCGAGACGGGACAUUAGUCGAAGACAAGAGUCAAUUGCGGGAGCAGCUGGUAAAAAGCCCAAGCACAGAAACAAUGAACAAAGAAGUUAAGCUUCGCCAACGCGCAGCCCGCAUGACGGGAGCUUCACAACAUUGAGAGCCCGAACGACAAAGCCGUAACGCAAGCGGCUGAACCGGAAGCCCAUGCUCAUUGACACGUCAUCGGUUCGUGCUUUCAAAGCAG